CUCGCGGGUGGAAGGCAGGAAGUUCUGGCUACCAGGGCUGCCCAGGGACCGGCAACAGGAAGUCCCAGACGAGGAAGCGCUGGCCACAGGCUUAGUGAGGCAGGCGGCGGCCAGCAGGAGGGAGCUGCGGGCACAGCAACCGGGUGUUGCUCUGGGCAGCUCCGGGGCGGCAGACCUCACCCACGGGGAGAUGCAGGCCCCAGCCCCGCUGCGUGGCCCCUGAGGCAUGGCCGCCCGGGGCCCCAGGACACCUGCCCACAGCCCAUUGCCAGGCGGGAGAGCCAUGUGCUGGGUCAGGGCCAUCAGCUUCAUGGCGGCCGAAGAGAUGCAUUGGCCAGUCCCCAUGAAGGCCAUUGGUGCCCAGAACUUGCUCACCAUGCCCGGGGGUGUGGCCAAGGCUGGCUACCUGCACAAGAAGGGGGGUACCCAGCUGCAGCUGCUCAAAUGGCCCCUGCGCUUCGUCAUCAUCCACAAGCGCUGCAUGUACUACUUCAAGAGCAGCACGUCCGCCUCGCCGCAGGGCGCCUUCUCCUUGAGCGGCUACAACCGGGUGAUGCGGGCUGCUGAGGAGACCACGUCCAACAACGUCUUCCCCUUCAAGAUCAUCCACAUCAGCAAGAAGCACCGCACCUGGUUCUUCUCGGCCUCCUCUGAGGACGAGCGCAAGAGCUGGAUGGCCUUGCUGCGCAGGGAGAUCGGCCACUUUCAUGAGAAGAAGGAGCCGCUCCUGGAUGCCAGUGACUCCAGCUCAGACACAGACAGCUUCUACGGCGCGGUCGAGCGGCCCGUGGAUAUCAGCCUGUCCCCAUACCCCACAGACAAUGAAGAUUACGAUGAGGAGGACGACUCGUACAUGGAGCCCGACUCCCCAGAGCCCCUGAGGCCCGAAGAUGCCCUGACCCACCCGCCAGCCUACCCCCCGCCCCCAGUGCCCGUGCCCAGGAAGCCCGCCAUGGCUGAGCUGCCCCGGGCCCACUCCUUUACCUCCAAGGGGCCGGGCCCGCUGCUGCCUCCCCCUCCCCCGAAGCGCAGCCUGCCUGAUGUUGGUCUGACCUCCGAGGACUCCAAGAAGGAGCUGCCGGGUCUGCGGCGAGCUGAGCCUGCCCUCAGGGUGUCCGCUGCCUCCCGGAGGCUGAGCGACCCCCCGCUGGGCAGCGUGCCUGUGAUGCCCAGCAUCUGGAAGGCCCCCUGCCUCCGUGAGAGCCCUGGCCCCGGCCCAGAGCCCCGGCCCCCCGCCCAGGGGCCCAGCUCCACCAGCACGGCCUCUGCUGCCGCCCGGAACUGUGACAAGCUCCAGUCCUUCCACCUGUCCCCCCGGGGCCCGCCGGCGCCUGAGCCCCCACCCGUGCCGCCCAGCAAGCCCAAGUUCCUGAAGAUGGCUGGAGAGGCCACCCCGAGGGAGGCAGCCAGACCUGGACUCUUCGUGCUCCCCGUGGCCCCCAAGCCUCCUGCCCUGAAGCUGCCCAUGCCCGAGGCCAUGGUCCGGCCCCCCGUCCUGCCCAGGCCCGACAAACCGCCCCACCCCCACCUCCAGCGCUCGCCCCCCGAUGGGCAGAGCUUCCGGAGCUUCUCCUUUGAGAAACCGCGGCAGCCCCUGCAGGCCGACUCCGGCGGGGAGGACUCGGAUGAGGACUACGAGAAGGUGGCGCUGCCCAGUUCGGUCUUUAUCAACACCACGGAGUCCUGCGAAGUGGAAAGGCUGUUUAAAGCCACGAGCCCACGGGAAGAGCCCCAGGAUGGGCUCUACUGCAUCCGGAACUCCUCCACCAAGUCGGGGAAGGUUCUGGUCGUGUGGGAUGAAGCCGCCCACAAAGUGAGGAACUACCGCAUCUUUGAGAAGGACUCUAAAGUCUACCUGGAGGGCGAGGCGAUGUUUGCGAGCGUGGGCAGCCUGGCGGAACACUACCACACCCACGUGCUGCCUGGCCACCAGAGCCUGCUGCUGCAGCAGCCCUACGGCUACGCUGGGCCCAGGUGACCCUUCAUCACACCGCUGGGCAAGAGGUGACCGCGGGGCCAUGUGCCCAGGCCACGGAUGGCGUCUGGCCCGUGGGGGAGGAUGAAGAGGAGCUGCAUCUGCUGGCAGCUGGGCCUCCCCAUGGCACCUGCAGUCCUCCGGGCCAGGCUGCAUGGAGAUGGCGUCCCCACGACAGCAGGCUCGAGGGUUGUGGGUGCUCCUACUGCACCCCUCCUGCCCGGCCCCACCUCCCAGGAGCCCAGGGCCCCAGCCUUCACCAGGUUUUGUGGACAAGAAUCUGACCCCCCAACACCCAUCGUGCCGCAGUCUGGGAGCCUGGCAGGGAGGGGCAGCAGGAAUGGGGACGGGCCGGGCUGGACCCGGGAACGCUAAGUUGCAGCUCUGCAGGGGGAGGCGGCACAAUAAAGCACAGAUGACCGUUGCCCCGUGCCUCUGUGGCCUGGCUCCGUGGGGGA